CGCGUAAGCACGCGCAACACUGCCCUGUUCACCAGAACAUCAUCAUUCUUGUUGCUGCCUUUUUCUCAAAGACAAUCAACUCAUCCCUUCAGCAUCCCUUCAGUAUUCAGGUCAGAGCAAUGUCGAAACACGAAGAAGCAACAAGGGCUGCCUUGGAAGCCCAUGGAGGGGUCGACGAGGCCCUCCCCGCAUAUUCAGCCAUGCCGUCUGAAGGUCAAGGCCCGACAGCAGACUCGCCCUUCAACUUCCCCUCUGCCCAGCCACCUCCAACUUUUGCCUCAGCCUCAGCAUCCUCGUCGGCCGCCGCGUCGACCUCCGCAUCCGCAUCGGCAUCAGCCCCAACACCCACUCAAUUGCAGCGGCCCAUCGCAAUCCCCCAGGUGACACCAGCCGCAACCGCGCCGUUCCUAGACGCCUACGCAAAGCCCCUCCUGCAAUACGGCAUCACGCCCGAGUCCUGGCGCGGCUUCCUCACCACCAUGUCGGCCUUCCUCGCCGCCAAGGUCUCCGACCAGGCCCUCGCCCACGCCGCCGCCAUCGGCCGCCACGUAUCCCAGGUGCCCAAGCGCUUCGGCCAGGACACCAAGGACCACGCCAAGGCGGUGGGCCGCGGCAUCCGCGACUCGGUGCGGAGCGGCAGCGUCGUCGGCACCGCCGUGGGCGUCAUCGGCGGCCUCGUCACCCUGCCGCUGGGCACGGCGCUGCGCGCCGUCGGCGCCGCGGCCAGCUUGCCGGUCGCGGCUGUGGGCGCCGUGACGCAGAAGCCGCGGACGCCGAGGGAGAGGGCCGAGGCGUAUGCGGCUGCGGCGAACGAGAAGUGGUUCGGGGUUAGGGGGCUGUGUGCGAGGCUCGUGGAUACGCCUGAGCUGGCGAGGAUUGGUGGGGUGCCGGUAACGAGGCUGCUGGAUGUUGCGGGGGGUUGCUCUGAUCGGAGUGCGGAGGCACAGAUAGGAGCUUUGAAUGGGUAUGUAACUGAAUUGGAGACGGCCAAGGGGGCUCAGCUGGAGUUGGGGGCAAACACGCUAUGGUUGAUGAUCUUUCAGGAGGGCAGUGCUCCGGCUAGCGAAGGGAAGACUAUGGGAGGGUAUAAUAGUUAGCAGCCACGGAAGUUACUGGUGGAGUGAUAUGAUCUGAGGGUUUUCUUAGAACUUGGAGAGACUUGAGAAUGGGAUUUUAAAAGUUGUAGAUAGGACGAUGCUCACUUCGACAGUCGUGACACUUUGCACAUUUGCACUGAAACCCCAUUGAAAUAGAUACCUAGGUACUCGUAAGUGAAGCUGCAAUGGUCUCGGAUUACUUGAUUG